AUGGCUUUUAAGAGGGAAUCAUUGAAUGGGGUUGUGUUGUGGUUGGGCAAUUCAUUGGAGACGUUCCCAAUUUUGGCUCCAUGCAGCGUAUUGCAGAGAUUCUGUGGGGGAAAGCUUCGCAUGUUAAGCUUGGCUGGGCACAAUCUCUAUGUUUUUUCAUUCUCUAAUUUGGAAUUGAGAGACUGGGUGCUUGAGAAUGGCCCUUGGCACAUUCAAAACAAGCCUCUCGUGUUAAGGAAAUGGGAACCGAACUUAAGGAAACUUGAUUUUGAUCUUAAAUGUAUGCCUGUCUGGGUUCAGCUGUACAAUGUUCCCUUAGAGCUUUUUUCUCGAAGGCUCGAGUUUGCCAAAGUUUGUGUCAAGGUUGAAGCUGGGGCAGUGAUCCCUGAGGUGAUCCAGGUAGUCUUAAGUGAUGGCUCUUUUGCAAAAAUUCGAGUGUAUGCUCCUUGGUUUCCUAAGUUUUGUUUAGAGUGUAAUACUUUUGGCCAUUUAGCAAGUAGUUGUGCUGAAGUGCUAAAAGGCCCUUCGAAAACUAAGGAAACUAAAGAAUCUCAUUUUUGGAGAAAGAAGGUGAAUUCAAGUGCUCCUGCUUAUGCUGGUAAAGAGAGUUUGCAACUGGGUGUUAUCGAGGAAGUUUCUGUCCUUGCUCUUCAGGAACUUACUGCUGCCACUCUGCAGGUGGAAAAAGAAAUGACAGAUAAUCCUGGGAAAGAUGAUCAGGUUAAGAUACUGCAUGAUCUUGCUUCUCAAGGUAGUAAACUUGAGGUAAAGGAAAGUGUUGUUUCUCAAUCUCCUGGGAAUGCUGUUAUUGCUAACUCUGUUAAGGAAGUUUCUGGUAGUGGUGAUCUGAUUGAUAUUGCUGGAGAUAAAAUCAUCCCUAUAGCUACAAACUGUGGUGGAGAUUUUCCAUCUCUACAGGAUUCUUUAAAUCAAAAGAAGAAGUCUAGGAAGAAAAAGAAGGAUAACAUUGGUUCUUCUAGCAAAUUUGAGUCUCUUGCUGGAGGAGGUGUUCUUGAUGGGCCAAGGAAGACCAUGACAGCAUCCUUGGGUGUUGCUAUGCUUCUUAAUGAAAUCAAGACAAAAAAGAAAGAACAUUUGGAUAAAGCUAAGGGUGAGAUAUUUUGUGGUGGUGGUAGUGGAGACCCUCCUAUUCCUAACAAAUGA